AUGAUUCUAAAUAUUAAGCAUAUCCUGUGGUUAUAUUAUCUGUGUGAUGCUGCAUAUGCAACAACAUCCAACACAUUAUCAAUAAUCCAACCAAUCUCUGGAUCCCUCUCAGGGAAAGUAAAUCUUCCCUGCUUCUUCUCCACAAUCCCAACAUCAGCGCCAGUCAUAGGUACAAAUAGAACAGCCAAUUAUGGCAAAGAUUACUUACGAAUCAAAUGGACCAAAAUAAAAGGACAGGAAAAGUCUACAGUGUUGGUGAUGCAAAAUGGGGUCAUCAAGAUGAACCCCAUCUACAGGAACCGUGUGUCAGUGCCCAGUCACCCUGAGGAUGUCGGUGACGCCUCCUUGACUAUGGUCAAGCUGCGAGCUAGUGAUGCUGGGACUUACAGUUGUGAAGCCACAUACGGCAUUGAAGAUACGCAUGAUAUUGUUAACCUUGAUGUCAGUGGUGUUGUUUUUCACUAUCGAGCAAGCCCCAGCAGGUACACCUUAAGUUAUGAGAAAGCUGUCCAAACUUGCAAAGAUAUUGGAGCAAGCAUAGCUACCUAUUCCCAACUGAAAGCAGCUUAUGAAGAUGGAUUUGACCAGUGUGAUGCUGGCUGGAUUGCUGACCAGACAGUGAGAUACCCAAUUACCAGACCAAGAGACGGCUGCCUUGGAAACCUUAAGAUGAUACCUGGUGUUAGGACAUACGGAGUUAGAAACCCUUCAGAGACCUAUGAUGUAUACUGUUACGUCGAUAAACUUGACGGUGAAGUCUUUUAUGCUCCUGCGGCGGGUAAGCUAACUUUUUUAGAGGCCACUGAGGAGUGCAAAAAACACAAAGCUGUCUUGGCGUCCACUGGCCAACUCCACGCUGCUUGGAGAAUGGGACUGGACAGAUGUGACUAUGGCUGGCUCUCUGACGGGAGUGUACGACACCCUGUUGUGCAUCCUAGAAUUCCAUGUGGCGGAGGCCUAAUGGGUGUCAGGACUCUGUAUCGCUACAGAAAUCAGACCUGCUUUCCAGAACCUUCCAUGAAGUUUGGAGCUUACUGCUUUAGAGGAGGGAGAGACACAAUCAACCAGACUUUCCUUGUGGAUGUAUCUGUACAAGAAGUCAUUACUACCACCACCACCACCACCAGAUCCACCACUGUUUCCACCACAUCAUUCGACACAACAGCAGAGGCAGAGAAGUCUUCAGACUAUGAUCCCACAUAUGUUACAUCAAUGUUCUCUGUCAGUAUGUCUCCUCCUCAGCCCACUCCCCCAGACCAAGAUGCUCAAUUAAUCACAACAGUUGCACCAACAAUUAUAGAGGAUUCUGAUGAUAAAGAUAGUAUAAGCGACAUAUACAUAAAUUACUCUAACAGCUUUGGUACUGUUGGACCUGUUCCUUCCCAUGGUGAAGAGAUCACUGAAAUUCACAUGACGAAAGAGACCACUGGUUCUACAGCAUCCUUUGAAGAUCCAGAUUCCCACUCGGUGAUUGAGAUCAGCACAAUCAAACCUGAUGUACUUCUACCAGAUGACUCUUUAAAUACAGCAGGCAGGUUUGCAGAGGGGAAGACAGAGAAAACUAUUGUGACUCAUAGGAUGAUCACAGAUAUUUCCUCUAAAAUCACAGAUGCUCCUACAGAAUCUACUGAAAUGACCAGGAAAGGAGCAUUUAUUUCCUCUGAAUCAACACCAUUCAUCGCAGCUCCUGGUUUCCAGUUAACAACACCAGGAGAUUAUGAAGAUGGGACUAUAACUGAUAUUUUUCUCCAGGCUACUCCACCAUUCCAGCCAUUCCCACAGAUCAUAGAUCAAACUGCCAUGGAAACAUCAACCCCAACUACAAGUGGCACUACCUCUAGGUAUAACACUGUGCCAGAAGAUGAGAUAAGCACCACAGAAAUAACAGAGACCCUUGACAUUGAAAGGCAAACAAUACAAAAAACACAGGAAGCAGAUUCUCUUGCUACAUCUGGUGAUCCAAAUGUAGCUUCCAGGUUCCCGGUUGACAGCCGAGCGUUUACUGAAGAAGUGGCAUUGUCAACAACUGAACACACCCUCAGUGAGUCCAGCAGUCGGAGAACAGAACAUACUGCAGAAACUCUCACAGAGGAUGACACUUUGGGAAGCAGUGGGGCAGAGAGAUUUACAUUCUCUUCUACGACAUCAGCUGAAACCAGCACGCUCAAAAUCACACCUUCAGUGGUCACGGAGGCACAGAUUCAGAAUAUUUCAGAAAGUAGAACUUCUGGUGAAAACAUCACUAAGUCUACUGAGACACCCAUCACUAAAACCACGUCUGGCUCUUCUGCUUUCAAUAUUCUGUCCGUCUCGACAUCAAGAAAAGCCGAAACAAGUGACACUUCAAAAACAGACGUUUCUUCAGCUUCAGCGCUCCAGAGCACAGAGGAACCAACAUCAAUGUCAUCUGAAACAUAUCAGACUCUUGCUACACUGAAGUUGCAGGAAACGUCAGCAGUUCCAGUGGAAAGUUCAAAAUCUCCAAUUACAAGAGAAGAUAGGACAAGUAAACCAACAAGUGAAAUGUCUAGCAGAGACAUUGCAUCUUCUACUGGCUCAUCAUUGUUCAGCACUGAGAAGACAACAAAUCUUCUACCUAAGGAUGACGACAGUGUUCAAACAGGUCAGACAACAACACCUUCACUUUCCACAGUAACGGGCAGAACAGAAAGUUCUUCUGCCGCUUCUCCAGUAGAUAGAGACUAUACUAGAGGCCCUACCAUUGACAUGUACACACCAGUCUCUACUGUUGCAGGGUUAUCGUCAUCUGACAUCGUCAAUGAGACAACACAAUCGCCUGAAGCUAUGACGAUUCAAGUAAGCACAGAACCCGAAACCUCUGGAGAAGGCUCUGCUGCUUUUGCUGACAAGUCAGUUGUGACCAUUGCCAUCGCAUUCCCAACAUCUGCUGUCUCUGAUGGUAAACCCAUGAGCCCAUCAACGCUUUCUCCGAUUACUCCGUUUGUCUCAUCGUCCACAACUUUGCAAGAUCAGUAUGAUGAACUGAAUACAAUGUUUGUAUUGGUGGAGUCCAUUCCUCUAAUCAGUGAAUCAAGUAUUCAACCUGACACAGCUUCAAAGCUCAUUGUGACAGAUCCAGAAAGUGCUGGACAAACACAUUCUAAUGUUACUGAUGAGUCAGUGAAGACAACAGCAGUUUACACAACAAUAGGCACAAAGUCAGCUUCAGUCUCAGAAUCAUACACAUCUGAAACAAGUGAUGUGUCAAAAACUGCUGUUACGCCAGCCGUCUUACUCCGCAGCACAGCAAAACCAACAUUGGAAUCUACUGAAACAGAACAAACUUUUACCACAUCCCAUUCUCAAGCAAAAUCUGAAACUUCAUUUGACACGUCAAGCUCAGCCAUAACUGAUGGAAGGACCACAAAUCCGUAUACUAGUGGAUACCCUGAAGAAAUGUCCAGCAAACACAUGGCAUCUCCAACAGGUUCCUCGUUAAUCAGUCCAGAGACCACAACAGCAGAACAAAUUGAUAGCUUUUCAACAGAACAAAGAACUCUCCCCUCAGUUUCAUCCCUUACCGAAAAGCCAGAGAAAAGUGUUGGUGCUACUACAGAAGAUAUGGACGGUUCAGGAACUGUGAGUACAGACUUGUUCACAUCAUCUAUAACCGUUAUUGGUGGAUCUUCCAGUCUCUACAGUAUUGACACAACAACAGUAACAACAUCUCCUGAAUCAGAGUCUGCCUCUGUGAGAACAGAACAAGGUACUUCUGGUGAAAACAUCACUAAGUCUACUGAGACACCCAUCACUAAAACCACGUCUGGCUCUUCUGCUUUCAAUAUUCUGUCCGUCUCGACAUCAAGAAAAGCCGAAACAAGUGACACUUCAAAAACAGAUGUUUCUUCAGCUUCAGCGCUCCAGAGCACAGAGGAACCAACAUCAAUGUCAUCUGAAACAUAUCAGACUCUUGCUACAGUGAAGUUGCAGGAAACGUCAGCAGUUCCAGAGGAAAGUUCAAAAUCUCCAAUUACAAGAGAAGAUAGGACAAGUAAACCAACAAGUGAAAUGUCUAGCAGAGACAUUGCAUCUUCUACUGGCUCAUCAUUGUUCAGCACUGAGAAGACAACAAAUCUUCUACCUAAGGAUGAUGACAGUGUUCAAACAGGUCAGACAACGGCACCUUCACUUUCCACAGUAACGGGCAGAACAGAAAGUUCUUCUGCCGCUUCUCCAGUAGAUAGAGACUAUACUAGAGGCCAAACCAUUGACAUGUCCACACCAGUCUCUACUGUUGCAGGGUUAUCGUCAUCUGACAUCGUCAAUGAGACAACACAAUCGCCUGAAGCUAUGACGAUUCAAGUAAGCACAGAACCCGAAACCUCUGGAGAAGGCUCUGCUGCUUUUGCUGACAAGUCAGUUGUGACCAUUGCCAUCGCAUUCCCAACAUCUGCUGUCUCUGAUGGUAAACCCAUGAGCCCAUCAACGCUUUCUCCGAUUACUCCGUUUGUCUCAUCGUCCACAACUUUGCAAGAUCAGUAUGAUGAACUGAAUACAAUGUUUGUAUUGGUGGAGUCCAUUCCUCUAAUCAGUGAAUCAAGUAUUCAACCUGACACAGCUUCAAAGCUCAUUGUGACAGAUCCAGAAAGUGCUGGACAAACACAUUCUAAUGUUACUGAUGAGUCAGUGAAGACAACAGCAGUUUACACAACAAUAGGCACAAAGUCAGCUUCAGUCUCAGAAUCAUACACAUCUGAAACAAGUGAUGUGUCAAAAACUGCUGUUACGCCAGCCGUCUUACUCCGCAGCACAGCAAAACCAACAUUGGAAUCUACUGAAACAGAACAAACUUUUAUCACAUCCCAUUCUCAAGCAAAAUCUGAAACUUCAUUUGAAACAUCAAGUUCUGCCAUUACAGAUAGAUGGAACACAAAUCCAUAUACCAGUGGAUACCCUGGAGAAAUGUCCAGCAAACACAUGGCAUCUCCAACAGGUUCCUCGUUAAUCAGUCCAGAAACCACAACAGCAGAACAAAUUGAUAGCUUUUCAACAGAACAAAGAACUCUCCCCUCAGUUUCAUCAUUUGAAGUCACUACAAGAUUGUCCACUAAUGAACCUAACUUUUCUUUUACCAGUGAAGAGGUGAUAUCACCAGAAUCUGAUUAUUUCAAUAAGGUGGAGUAUUCAGCCUUCGAAGGAUCUGCAGACAUAGAUGACACAAUGCUUGAAAUGCAAACAGAAGCUCAGCAACCCUUUGUCGAAAUAUCUUCCCUAGCAAUCUCUGCAGCAAGCUUAUCAGAUGCAAAGCAUGCCGAACUGACCACAAAAUCUCACAAUGAUUAUUUUGUUGCAACAGAUGAGGCUGAAACAGAUGAGACUGAAAGUCCAUCUUUAACAAGUCUUUCUGGUACACAACCUGCCAAAAAACUUUUCUCCUCCACUCUAGCCCCACACAUGACAAACAGAGAGACUCAUUUUGCUGAUCCGAGCAUUGGAAAUGGUUCUUUUGAUGCCAACCCCAGUGAGUCAACAUUUCAAGCAGUGUCUGAUGCCACGUUUGGAGACAUGUCAGAUGAAACAGAAACCCUUGUUUCAAUUAAAACAACAUUUAGUGAGCAGAUUUCCAAAAAAGGGGUUGAACAUUUCUCAAAUACAGAAAACCCCCUCAGUUUUGAACCAAUAAAACAUCCAGAUACAAGAACAAAAAGUCCAGAUAAAGAUGGAGUGGCAAUAGAAGAGGAAGCAACACAAUCGUCUCAUAAAACAGAGUAUGUUAUAAAUGAUCACACAGUUAAUAGUUCUAGCAGUGACACUAAUAUAAAAUAUAUCCUAUCAAAAUCCACACCAUCUCCUGGUAUUAGAUAUCAUAGUAACAAAGAACAACAGGUUGUGAUUGUUAUGCCAAGUCACGACAAAACUGAGACUGGACAAACUAAACAAAUGCCUACUAUGAUCUUGCAUCCAUCUGAACCAUCAAGCAGUGCAUCCAUUCUAUUCACAGAGGAUACAAAAGAUGAAGAUAAACUUUUUUCUGGAGUCACAUAUAAUUUGAGGCAAGAAAGUUCCACCUCCAAAGUCAUCACAAAAGAUAAUAUAUUCUUUAAUUUUGAUACUAUAUCUGCAGUUUCCUCCUCUCCAUUUUACCCAACUAUCCGGACAGAGGAAGUUGGAGUUGAUUCAGCAAUUACAAUAACACAAGAGAUGAACUUAAGAGAAGAACCGGAAGGCUCAGGGGCUGUCAAUGCUCCUUUUUUUACUCCUUCACCAGUAACUACAGAUCCAGUUUCAGUCACUGACCUCUCAAGGUCUUUUUUGUUAUCAUCAACUCAAGCUACUACUGAGUCAACAUAUUCAAGUUCUAAAGAAAUCCUUGGUGGACAUACAGCCCAAACUACUACUUUUUCUGCUGGAAAUGAUCAAAACAGAUCAAUGACUUCAUCAACAAAAACUAAAGUAUCUUCAGUAACUGGAGUUUCAAGUAAACUUGUUUCCUCUAGCCCUUCUCUCAAAGAAAUUUCAGCUUCAGCUUCAUCUGACUAUAUAAUUAAAUUCCACUCAACUGUUUCACCUGUAGUAACACCUCAGAAGUCAUUUGAACAUGUGAGAUCAGAGAUCACAAACACAUACCACCCACAACCAGAGAAUUUCUCUGAAGAAUUAUCACAAGCCACAAUUUACCCUAUGUCCACAACUCAUGAAAAACUUCUGGUUGAAGAAUCAACCAGUUAUCAUCCUGGUAAUUAUUCUGUGAGUCAGGUUGAUUAUGGUUUGGCAAGUCAUGUGACAGCUCUCCCAAAACAAAUUUCUGAUGCAAACGCUGGAAAACAAACAUCCUCACAGAGUAGCUUUUACCCUGACAAUGAUCAUCAUGCCCCAGUCAGUGGUGCAGGAAACCAAAAACUUCUUCAAUCUGUUUCUCAGUACAAUGAAACCUCAGAAUCAAACACUAGUGAAGUGGAUAUUUCCACACUGUCCAAAGCAUCUACCAGUGAGUCUUCCCAGACUGUAUUCAAGGCAACUGCUACAACAAUAUCAAGUAUCCAUGGAGAAUUAACAACAUCAACAACACAGUCACCAAACCAGGUAGAAUUAGGUACAUCUUUAGCCACACAACCUUCAUCCUCUUCUGAGGAAGAAGAAAAACACAACAGGAAAACGUCAACAUUUCCAUUCCUUAAUGAAAGAGAUCCAGCAAUAGAAGAAGGAACAACCCCCUCCGUCCAAAUAAGACUGGAUGUGGGCCACACAGUUGUUGGCGAGACAGUGGACAUUUCUGGAAUGUAUUCAUGUAAGGAGAACAUUUGUCUGAAUGGAGGAUCUUGCUUCAAGAGUGGCAGCAUCUAUUCAUGUAGCUGUUCUCCGGGUUACACUGGUCAUCAGUGUGAAACGGACAUUGAUGAGUGCCAGUCAAAUCCAUGCCGUAAUGGAGGCACAUGUGUUGAUGGGCUGGCUUCCUUUACAUGUGUGUGUCUCCCAAGCUACUCUGGGCUUUACUGUGAGAAAGAUACUGAAAUAUGUGACUAUGGUUGGCACAAGUUUCAAGGCCAUUGCUACAAAUUCUUCCCCCAGAGGAAAGGUUGGGACUCUGCAGAGCGAGAGUGCCGCAUUCAGGGAGCUCAUCUCACCAGCAUCCUUUCCCAUGAAGAACAACAGUUUGUCAACCGUCUUGGACAGGAUUACCAGUGGGUUGGCCUGAAUGAUAAGAUGUUUGACAAUGACUUCCGCUGGACUGAUGGCAGCCCUGUGCAAUAUGAAAACUGGAGGCCCAACCAGCCUGACAGCUUCUUUUCAUCUGGAGAAGACUGUGUGGUGAUGAUUUGGCAUGAGGGUGGCCAGUGGAACGAUGUCCCUUGCAACUAUCACCUAACCUUCACAUGCAAGAAAGGCACAGUGGCCUGCAGCCAGCCCCCUGUGGUUGAAAAUGCACGUACCUUUGGUAGAAAGCGUGAGAGGUAUGAAAUCAACACACUGGUGAGGUACCAGUGUCGAAAUGGGUUCAUUCAGAGACAUGUUCCAACCAUCCGCUGCCGUGGCGAUGGACGGUGGGACACACCUAAAAUCACCUGUAUAAGCCCGUCGAGCUAUCAGAGGUCCUUCAUGAGGAGACAUCAACCCCAUGCUCUAUACAGUAUCAAUAAUUUCAAAAAAUGGCAGGAUCAGACCUUGCGCCACCACCAUCAGCGCAACAGGGGAAGGAGAGACAGAACAAUACAAAAGAGGACAAAGCAAUGAUUUCCAAGAGAAAUCAAGAACACUUGCUUGAUGGUUGGAAGAAAGGAAGACCAUAAAAAAAGUGCAUUAAAAAGAGCUCAUCAACAGAAACCGAGGAUAAACUGCAAGUUUCUUGUAUUUACAAUGACGAAAAUAUCUUAUAAAGUGCCUUUGAAAUAAUUUUAGUUGACAAUUCAUUUCAAGAGAGACUGCUAAAUUUAUAGUGAGGACAAACUCUUUCAGCUGGCUUCUGGAAGCACAAUGAGCUGUCUAAUUUGAUAUUCUUUUAUGUUUUAUUUUUUUUAUUUUAUGUUGACUAAUUAUAUGAAACAUUCAUUGUUGCUGUCUGAUGCAUCAACUGUUCUAUUUAAAGCCAAUGCAAGUGUCCAACAUAUAUAGAAAGAACAUAAUACAGCUUAUGUCACAUAAAAAGAAUUUAUUUUGUCAUCCUGUUUAAUGCUGGAAUGCAUGAAUGCAUUCGCAUAAAUAUGUUUUCUCAAUUUAAUCAAAGAUACUACAUGUCAUGAGUUGUAGUUUUUUCUCAGAUUGCAAAUAGGACUAAUAAUUAGCACAGUGCACAAGAUUUUUGUUUUUUAAUAUAAAAAAAACUUUUUUCUUUACGAAUUUAGACUAAAAAGGCUUGAAAAACAUUGCUUGAAAGUAUUUUCACAGGCAAUAACAACAAAUAGCCUUUUUCUCACCAGGGAAAAUCUAUUUGGUGGCAGCUUUCAAAGGUUCGAAUUACCAGCUUUCCCUGUUUUCUUCUCAUAAGCAACAUUUAUGUACAUGUAUGUAUCGACAGAAUCUUUCAAAUAUUACUGGCCUGACUUUUGUAUGAUACAGUUUUGAAAGGUUCCUCUCUGAGUACUUAUUGACAAAACCUUUAAACACAGACAUAAACUGAUGUCAUUCUAUUUCAAAAUGAGUGAAAAACCACCAUGUGUAGCUCAAGCAGCCUGGAUUUCUAUUCAGCUCACAAUCCUUUGGUACAGCAUGUUUACAUUACUGUUCUGCUGUUAAUUGUAACACAUGAAAAAUAAUCUUUUUCAUGUGUUUUGGUUGUGUUUUACCAUAAAAAAAUGUUUUUCUUUUAAAGUUUUCUUUUACUUUUUGUUUUAACUGUGCUUCACUGCUUUUGCUGCACAUCAAAUCAACCAUUGAGAGAAUGUAUUUUUGUGAAACACUCAGAGACUUGAACACUAAAGCUGUUAGGGUGGAAGAGAUACAAAUAAUUUAUUUUCAAGCUGCUUUUUAUCUCCUCGUGUGUUUUUUACUGACAAGUAAAAUGUGUUGAUGUCACUGGUCCCAGCAGUGCUCUUUUUAUGUGUAUGUUCAAUAGAAGACAAGACAUGCUCAGAAUGUCUAAACCUGAUGCAAUAAAGACAGAAAUUUACUCAUUUUAUGCAGUUUAAUCAGUUUAUAUGUCCUUUAGCAUCUCUUAAUACCACAGUGAACCAAGAGACAUGGAGGGCACGAUAAGCAAUAAUUUUGUUCUGAAAUAGUGACUAAAACUAUUUUUACAUGUGAAUGGCUGUGUCUCUGCAACAGUUCUAUUGGAGCAAUGUUGCUUUAUUUGGUCUGCCUGUGAAUGUUUAAGUGCGUUUUGCCCUAUUGUGCACAUAAUAUCAUUUUAUAUUUAUAUAACAACUUAUUUUUGUUUCUACUUUACAAUGUGAAUGUUUGAGAUGUAUGUGAAUUGUUUUAUUUUUAAAAGAGUAAACUGUUUUCCCUUCUUUUACUUACCAAAGAACCAAAUAAAUAUAUGGAUGUGUGA